GGCAUAUUAUAAACCCCACUCCUCCAUUUCCACUUUCCUAUAAUAUUCAUCCCACAAAAUUUUCAACCUUGAUUCCCGGCCACCAUUGACUUCCGGUCACCGGAAUAUUCUUAGGAGCUAAUGGGGUUCUUCCCAUGUCCAUGCACAUGCACAUUGUCUAAACAUUCAUCAAAUGAUAACCAAGAGGACGACUUGUCAAAAUCACAAGGUAUUGAUCAUUUCGAUUCUAAGUCGCUUUCUUCUCAACCAAGUUUGCCUUCCGUUGCCUCUUUAACAUCAAAUUCACAACCACCAUCAACCACCGCUAGCCAUCACUACAUCACCACGUUUAAAGCCCAUACAUCUUCUAUAUUUUCCCUAGCCCUUACUCAAGAAAAUCUUUUAUCUGCCUCGUCUGAUGGCCAAAUUCGUAUCUGGCCAUCAUACGGUGCAACACAAUUGUCAUCACAACCACCAAUUGCUUUCUGCUCAUCAGCAGUAAAAACAAUGGUUGUUUCUGGUGACAAGCUAUAUACUGGUCACCAGGACCAUAAAAUCCGUGUUUGGAAAUUAGACACGAAACAAAAAACAAUCAAAUGUUUAACGACUUUACCAACACUCAAUGAUCGACUUAUGAAGUUUGUGUUUGCAAAAAACUAUGUUAAAGUAAGAAGGCACCAACGGUGUACAUGGGUGCAUCAUGUGGAUGCAAUUUCGGCGUUGGCCUUAUCCAAAGAUGGUUCGUUAAUUUACUCGGGUUCAUGGGACCGAACGUUCAAGGUGUGGCAAACAUCCGACCAUAAGUGUUUGGAGUCGGUUUGGAACGCGCACGAUGACGCAAUCAACGCCAUUGUGGUGUCUCAUGACGGUGUAAUUUACACGGGGUCCGCUGACCGAAAAAUCAAGGUGUGGAAGAGAUAUUCCGGAGAGAAAAAGCAUAAGUUAGUUGACACAUUGGAAAAGCACAAAUCUGCGGUGAAUGCAUUGGCCUUAAGCACGGAUGGGUCCGUUUUGUAUUCGGGUGCAUGUGAUCGGUCGAUAAUCGUAUGGGAAAAGCCUACGGGUACUGGCGGCGAUGGGAGGCAUAUGGUAGUGUCUGGUGCACUUAGGGGUCAUAGUAAAGCCAUUUUGUGUAUAACGGUUGUAGCGGAUGUUGUAUUUAGUGGGUCAACGGACAAAACAAUUAGAGUAUGGAGAAGAGGUAUUGAUGGAAAAAGUUAUUGGUGUUUGGGUGUAUUGGAAGGACAUAAAGGUCCAAUAAAAUGUUUGGCUGUUGCAUUGGAGAGUUGUACAAGUGAUAGUCAUGGUGGUACAUCUUAUCUAGUUUAUGGUGGGAGUUUGGAUUGUGAGAUAAAGUUGUGGAAAUCAUGGGUUCCUUUUCUUUAAAUUUUAUUAUUUUUGACCAAUAUUUGUGUGGUUAUAGAUGAUUUUUGAGGAUUCUAAUUCAUAUGUAGAAACUAGUUCUGUAAAAAUGAUAAGGGUGAUAUGUGCUAAGUAGUUAUUAUUAGAUAGAUUGUAGAAGUAUUGUACAUUAGUAAACAUGAAAUCAAAUCCUCAAUGAGUCAUUUCAAUCAUGUAUUCUAAUAUUUGAUAAACCA